CGUGACUGUAUCUGUGUUUCGUUGUGUCCUGCUGUGACUGGUCGAGUGUGACGUUUGAGGAUGUCUGGACGUGGCAAACAAGGCGGUAAAGCUCGUGCUAAGGCUAAGUCUCGCUCUUCUCGAGCCGGACUCCAGUUCCCUGUGGGCCGUGUCCACCGACUGCUCCGCAAGGGCAACUAUGCCGAGCGUGUCGGCGCCGGCGCUCCGGUGUACCUGGCGGCGGUGUUGGAGUACCUGACCGCCGAGAUCCUGGAGCUGGCGGGAAACGCGGCCCGCGACAACAAGAAGACCCGCAUCAUCCCGCGCCACCUGCAGCUGGCCAUCCGCAACGACGAGGAGCUCAACAAGCUGCUCGGCCGGGUCACGAUCGCUCAGGGCGGCGUCCUGCCCAACAUCCAAGCGGUGCUGCUGCCCAAGAAGACCGAGAGCCACCACAAGGCGAAAGGCAAAUAAAUGAGUUGACAGACAUCUUACCUUCCGGAAACGCUUUCACACCCAAAGGCUCUUUUCAGAGCCCCCACUAAUGUCAAA